AUGCCGCACUCACAGUCGCUCACGCUUCCCUCUCCCCUCUCGCUCCCUCCAGCAGAGCUCUUCUCCGGGGACGCCAGCUACCCAGUCGAGCAGUUCCUCGCGAUCCUAGACGCCACCUGGCCCCUCCUCCCCCUACCAGCCGACGAGCCCCGUCUCUCAGCCGCCAAGAUCGCCUAUCUGGCGCAACACCUGCGCGGCCGCGCCCGGCUUUGGUUCGCCGAGCACCUCCACCACCGCGCGUCGGGCAUGCACGGCGCGCACACGUAUGCCCAACUCCGUGCGCACCUGUUGCAGGUGUUUGGGAGCGAACUGCCCCUGCGCGCCCCACGCCGCGCGAGCACGAUGGGACCUGAGGAGAAGGAGGGCGAGCAGGAGAACCGCCAGAGGAUCGUCGAUCGUAUGCGUGCCGAACAGAUUUUCGCUCGCUUGGUCCAGAAAGGCACAGUGCAGGACUAUGCGCACGAGUAUGAAGAGAAGAGCGGCAAUUGCGGGCACAGGAUCGACCUGGAUGAUGAGUUUGAGUGUCUUUGGUUCGCUCAUGGUCUGCGCCCUGCCAUCUGCGACGAAGUCCUCCGCGUCUUCCAGCCAGGCAUGAAGUUCAAGGACGUAGUUGGGGAGGCGCAGCGGGCUGAGAAUGAGCUCAAGAUGUAG